AUGAAAUUGCUUAUCUAUCUGAUAUAGUUGAUGAUAUAUUUUGGAGAAUCUCAACCUACUUGGAAGGAAAUUUAUAAUAGCAAAAAUUGGGAAAAUCCAGAUCCAUAAUAGACAAAAUAAUCAUGGCAAUACGCUUAUGCUUAUGGUGGUCCAUUUAGUUAUUGUGGGGGUUCAAAGAUACUUGGAGGAUAUUCUGUUUUUGGUAAAUCUUCCUUUGUUUCUUCAAUUCUCAAGCUUCCACCUCAUAUAUCUGUAAAAAUUACUUUUGACUUUUGGAAAAUUGAUUCGUGGGAUAGCGAGAUUUUCAUAUACUUAUUUGACAACUAUGUUGCAUCUUAAUCAUUCACUGGUGACCAAGGUGGCGAUAUUUGUGGUAAUAUGGGGAGUUUUUAUAGAGAUCACGUGGAAACCAUAACAUCUACACUAUCACCUCACCUUUCCUCAUCUCUUGUUUUGUUUAUGACUUCAAAUUUAAAUGCGUCGUCGGAAAAUGAAUCAUGGGGAUUUAACAAUUUCAAAAUAGAAAUUGAAGAAUGUCCAGAAGGUUGCAUGUUUUGCCAAGAUUCUACAAUUUCAUGCAAUUAAUGGAUUAAUUUUGUUUCAUAUUGGCCAGGCUCAAAUGAAUCUGAUGUAUGGUAGGUUGAAAACAAUCAAACAAUUGGUUAUAGCAAAUGCGCUAGCCUAUAGAUUGCAGGAGGAAUUGAUACACUUUUUAAAGGACAAAGUAUAGAAAAUCUCAUUUAAAAUCUACCUCCUCACUUUAAGGUUCAUGUAGUUGUCAAACUUUGGGUAAUUGGCAAAUGGAAUAACGAAGUAUUUGAUUUAAAUAUCGAUAAUCAAUCUAAAUAUUCCACUCAGAUCUAUUCUUUGGACUCCAGCUUUUUUUGUUCUGAACACUAAGUGAAGAUAAUCAAUAUUGAUGCAAAUACAUAUCAUACAUCUCAAGAAAUAGAAAUAAAAAUGAAAUCAGUGAAAAAUUCAGAAGAGAAUGCAUAUUGGGGAGUUUAGUCUUUUAACUUGUAUGUAGCUAAAUGUUCAGUUGGUUGUGAAGAAUGCGAUUGGAAUGUCGUCUAUAAAUGUAUUAGAUGUAUCAAAAGAUGGGGAAUCUUAAAUAGUGAAUGCAUACCUGCUCCUCCAUUAGAAUGUUCAUUAGUUAGAAUUAAUGAGAUUUUUGGUUUAAAAACUAAUUCUAUAAACUUAUUCGAACUAAAAAUAAAUGAAUUAGAUUUGGUUAUGAAAGAAAUUGGCUAACAACAAUUAAUUGUUAAUGAUAUCAUUUCCAAUAUUUCUAUAUCAAUUUAGGUUUAAUGCUAAUAAAACAUGGAAAUUUUCAGUUUUUUCAGAAAUUUUAAUGAGUGUUACGGCGAAAAAUAUUCAUUUAGUCAUUAUUGUACCUCUCAAAGUAAAAUCUUUAUUUACAAUGCAAUAUUUAUCUAACUUGUUGAAUCUCAAAAAGAAUUAUUAAUCCAUAUGUCUUAAUAGAAAAUAGAAAUUAUUUAAGUAUCAAUACUCAAUGAUGUUGAAACAUAAGUUUUAAUAUUGAAAAUUGAAAUCUGA